GGAGACCCUAACGCCAUUUUUUGAACAGAUGCUCUGGGAGGUGUGCACAACUCGCUUUCUGUCUGUACAAAGUGUACUUUAGACAGCGUUUUCUAAAAUGCAUAGUCCAAGCAUGGCUAACCGAAAUGUACAGCAAGCGAGCAUGCAAAGCAGCAAUUCUCCGCAACCAGCGAAACACGGUACCGACUCUCCGACGACGGAGCAGACAGCCCCGAACAAAGACAGCCCGGCGCCGCCGCCGCAGCAGUCCACAGCGGCUGAACGACCCGAAGGAGCCGGGGAGGGAAGCGGAGAAGGCCCCGCAGAAAUGACGCUGGACAUCACAAGCUUUCGGAAGCCCGGUGAGAAGACGUUCACCCAGCGCUCUCGUCUUUUUGUCGGCAACCUCCCGAUGGAUAUACCGGAGGAAGAGCUCAAAAACAUGUUCGCUAAAUACGGGAAAAUUAACGAGGUGUUCAUCAACCGGGACCGGGGCUUCGGCUUCAUUCGCCUGGAAACACGGGUGCUGGCAGAAAUUGCUAAGGCUGAGCUGGAUGGGACUGUCUUGAAUAAUCGACCAAUCAGGGUCCGCUUCGCGACACAUGGUUCUGCACUCACAGUGCGCAACCUGUUGCCUGUAGUAACAAACGAGCUGCUGGAACAGGCGUUUUCACAGUUUGGGCCAGUGGAGCGGGCUAUUGUUGUGACAGAUGAUCGCGGUCGUCCCACUGGGAGAGGCAUUGUGGAGUUUGCAAACAAAGCAGCUGCUCGUAAAGCCCUGGAGCGCUGCACAGAGGGAGCGCUGCUGCUAACUAACACACCUUGUCCAGCCAUCGUCGAGCCCUCAGAGCACUUUGAUGAUGAAGAUGGAUUGCCUGAAAAAUUGAUGCCGAAGCCUCCAAAGUACCUUAAGGAAAGAGAGCAGCCACCACGUUUCGCCCAGCCCGGGACGUUUGAGUUUGAAUACUCGUCCCGAUGGAAAGCUCUGGAUGAGAUGGAGAAACAGCAGAGAGAGCAGGUGGACAGGAACAUUAAAGAGGCCAAAGAGAAACUAGAGGCUGAGCUGGAGUCAGCUAAACACGAACAUCAGCUAAUGUUAAUGAGACAAGAUCUAAUGAGGCGUCAGGAGGAGUUGAGGAGACUGGAGGAGCUUCGGAACCAGGAGCUGCAGAGGCGAAAGCAGAUAGAGAUGAGGCAUGAGGAGGAGAGAAGAAGACGAGAGGAGGAAAUGAUGAGACACAGAGAACAGGAGGACCUGAGACGCCAACCGGAAGGCUUCAAACAAAACUUCCUGGACAAUAGAGAACAGGAAAUGAGAGUGGGUGAGCUGGGCCCUCGUGGAGCCAUUAAUAUGGGAGACGGCUAUAACCAGGCCUCUGCGGGGCCCAGUGGUAACCAGGGUCAAAUGAUGGGCAUGAGUGGAAGGGGAGGAGCCAUUGGCCCAGAGGGAACUGCAAACAUGGGCUCACCAUUGAUGUCUGAGAAUGGAGCCAUGCGAGGCGAUAGAUACCCACAGGGUGGAUCAAUGGGGGGCCGACCAGAGGUAGAGUCUCCGAAGCAGCAGCAGCCGCCGUUAGGCCCCCAGGUUGGACCAGGCCCAGGAUUUGGAAGGGGGAGUCCAGUAGGGGGAGUCUUUGAUGGGCCAAAUAACAAGCGUCGCAGAUACUAACUUCUCUCUGUUCAGAGAGACAUAAGAAUCUCACUUUACUGCCCCACCCCGAUUAUUGUUUGUUUCUGUUUUUACGUUGACCUUCUUCCCUCCCUGUGGAUAUGUUUGCUGAAAAAAAAUGACAUUUUUUGGUCAGUUUUGUAUUUUUGUUAUUUCUAUUUUUCCUGUAAUGCAAGUUGUCACUGGCAGCAUUUAUUUUGUGGUGGAUGAAACUACUGGAUAAUGCUUUGUAUCUACACUUACCUGCAAUGUUACACACAAUGUUUUUCACAACAUGUUAGUUUCUCCUCUGAUUUUAGAAUGAAACGGUUUUUGUUUUUUUUCUUGUGUGUUGAACAUUGAGUCUGCAAACAUGUUUGAUAGCAUGUCAAGGAUGCAAGGAUGGCCUUGGUGUUCAGACAACUUGCAGUUGCUAUGGCAGCCACAGUCUUGGAUACACUGCAUUAAGUAGCGCAAGGGGAGUGUUAAAUUAAAACAGAAGAUAAAUUACAUUAGGUAGAUAUGAGUCAAAACAAGAUGCUGACCUCAACACUGACAAAUAGUUUAACAACACCAAAAGUAAAAAAAAAAAAAAAAAAUCAUUCAGUCAUAUAAUGCUUUAGCUGAUAGAUUUUUUUUCCUUGUUGCAUUUGAUUAUGGUCAUCUAACUCUUACCUACUUUGAUGUCAAAUCAUAUAAAGAGUGAAUGUUUCUGCGGCUUCAGUGCAUCCUGUGUUUGAUGGUGAAGAGAAAUAAAACAUUUGUAGUAA